AUGAAGGUAAAAAUUAUUACUCAAAAUGAGAAAUAUGAGAGAAUACAAAGAAAUCAACAAAAACAAUACUUUAAUAAUCAAGAAAAAGAAUAUAAAAGCAGUACUACCACUACCAACACAACAACAGCAAAUUCUAAUCAAGUUCUAUCGAAAAAUUCUGAUUUAGAAGCACUGACAUCACGUGGAUAUAUAAUAGGAAAAAAAAUUGGUAAAGGAAGUUAUGGUUCGGUAACAACAGCACAAUUUGAAGAUCAUAAUAUGAGAGUGACAAAUCUAGCUUGUAAAAUUAUUGAUAAAAAUAAAGCACCAAAAGAUUUUCUAGAGAAAUUUUUUCCUCGUGAACUUCAUAUUAUAAGCAAAUUAAAUCAUCCAUAUAUAAUACAAAUUCAUAGUAUUUUACAAAGAGGACCAAAAAUUUUUAUAUUUAUGCGUUAUGCUGAAAACGGUGACCUUUUAGAUUAUAUAAAAAAAAAUGGACCUAUUAUGGAAUUACAAAGUAAAUUAUGGUUUUCACAAAUGUGUAGUGGAUUAAAAUAUUUACAUUCACAUGAGAUCGCUCAUCGUGAUUUAAAAUGUGAAAAUAUUUUAUUAACAAAACGUAUGAAUAUUAAAAUAGCUGAUUUUGGUUUUGCUAAAUAUUGUAAUACAGAAAAAUUUGGUGAAAAGAAUUUUUCAAAAACAUAUUGUGGUUCAGCAGCUUAUGCAGCACCAGAAGUAGUUCGUGGUAUACCAUAUGAUCCAAAAAUUGCUGAUAUUUGGUCACUCGGUAUAAUUUUAUUUGUAAUGUUAAAUGCUAAAAUGCCAUUUGAUGAUAGUAAUUUAAAUAAAUUAUGGGAAGAUCAAAAGAAUAAAAAUUAUAAAUAUAGAGCAAAAUUAGAAAAUUGUAUUACAUCAUCAGCAAAGAAUGUAAUUAGUGUUCUGUUAGAACCAAAUCCACAAAUUCGUUCAAAUUUAAAUGAAAUAAUAAAUUGCAAAUGGAUACAAGAAAUUGAUGUACAAGAUGAAUGA